AUGUCUCUAAAACGUAUCCUUUUCAUCACCUUACUGGCCCUUUCUCUACUUGUAUUCAGUAUUCACGCAUCCCCUAUUCGUCGUGCCGAAGUUGGCAAAAAAGUGAGCAUUACCUUAGACAAACUCGGUGGUACGAUCACAUUCGAACAAACUAGCGCCGAAAAUGUCACGGUUUCUGGUCAAAUCACGAAAGGACUCACGGUCGAUGAUCCUACAGUAUAUGCUAUUGCAAUUGGAUACUUAUACAAAACCUUUGAACAAUUGGGCAUAGUAAUCGACCUACCCGGUACCAAGCCUUUCUCAGGGACUGCUCCUGGAAAUGUCGAUGUUUUGGUUGACCAAGAACUUGAUAUUAUUCAAAUCCUUGAUGGUGGAAAACUCGCCUAA